CCGAAGGGUGCAUGGGCCAACGGUCCGCCGACGCCUGACCUGGUUGCGUCCAUCACGGCUGCGAUCGAAAGGAAGUUCGACCAGAAGUUCAAGAGCCUCAAGGACCCGAAGGCUCAGGUCCCCGAGGCUGCCGGUGGUGAUGCUGCUCCUCCUGGUGAUGAGCAGGAGCAGCGUGGCGCCCGCAUUGACUCCCUCGAGAAGGCUCUCAAGCAGCUUGGCGAUGUCGACUCCUCCGACCCUGCCAGAGCCUGCCUCGAGGAGCAACUUCGUGCUGCCCGCAAGGCUCAGCGAGAAGCUAAGCCACAGCUGCAGCAGCACACCAAUGUGGCUUUCAGGCUCCAGGCGGCGCAGCGCAAGCAGGCCAAGGCAGCUGAAGCCGUCACUGCCCAGCAGAAGGUUAUCGAGGCGGCGCAGAAGUCACUACUUGAGCUGCAGGAGAAGCAGGCCGCAUGCCAGCGCGAGGUGGCGGCUUUGGAGGAGGAGCUGCGCCGCACCAUGCCUGCAGGCCCUGGCACCAGCUCCCAGUACAUGGACGUCAAGCUGGAGCUCCCCACGGAGGUGCUGGAUGAUGAGGCGAACGCCGACGUCAAGCAGCUCUUGUCCAGCGCGGCCUUUGCCAAGCUCCAGGUGCUGCAGGCGGAGCCGACGGGGGAGGCGGGGCUGCUGCUGCCGCUGACCAUCCUGCUGCCGCAGCACCGCCCGAGGGAAGGGAUGCUCCAAUGCCGCAG